GGCGCUCUCAUAAAUGCAGCGUUUGGGAGCGCACGCCCUCAGAGGAGACCUGAGAGGAGACCCUUCACCCGCCCCACCCGGACUGUCAGAGUGCACAUACGGCGUCAUGCUCGCUGCGUGUUUGGAGUUCCUCGGCUUGGCGCUGUGCCUCGCGGGCUCGCUGCUGGUGAUGGUGGCGUGCGGGCUGCCCAUGUGGAAGGUGACCGCGUUCAUCGACUCCAACAUCGUGGUGGCUCAGACCAUCUGGGACGGUCUGUGGAUGUCCUGCGUGGUGCAGAGCACCGGCCAGAUGCAGUGUAAAGUCCACGACUCGGUGCUGGCCCUGUCGCAGGACCUGCAGACGGCGCGCGCCCUCACGGUGGUGUCCGCCGUGCUGGGGGUCGUCGCCCUCACCGUGACGGUGGCCGGGGCGCAGUGCACCAACUGCAUCAAGGAUGAGGCGGUGAAGGCGAGGGUGGUGCGCGCCGGAGGGCUGAUCUACAUCAUCAGCGGGCUGUUCGUGCUGGUCCCGCUCUGCUGGAUGGCCAACAACAUCAUCGUGGACUUCCACAACCCGCAGGUGCCGUCGGCCAAGAAGAGGGAGAUCGGAGCCGCGAUCUACAUCGGCUGGGCCGCCACCGCGCUGCUGCUGCUCGGCGGGGUCCUGCUGUGCUGCACCUUCUGCAGGGGGGUCCGAGGCGCCUACCCCAUCAAAUACGCCCCCACCAAGACGAUCACAGCCAACGGGGAGUUUGACAAGAGGCACUACGUGUAAAGUGAGACUCUGAUGUGUGGGGACAAGCCAGAAAUGAUGCUGUGGUGCACCGAAGCGGAGCUCAGGAGACACGACGGGCGCCCCGUGGACGUGACCGAGCAUGAAACUGUAAAAUAUGAGCAUCUGUCAUUGAACUGCAUGUACGUGUUUCAUUAUCUGUCCGGCAGCAGCAGGUCAGCUGAGCUCCAGCUGGAUGUGGGCGCCAACAAACCAACAGCAGUUUGAUCAGAGGCUGAAGUUUGUCUUCUCAUCAGGCUGUCAGCGUGCAGGUUGGCUCUGAAAUCUGUGGAGCUUCAGUGUAAAUAGUUUUUUAUUCUCAUGUUGUGUUGUGCUUUAUGAGACGGCUUCCCUCAGUGCAGCACAGUGGAGCCCACGCUCAUUUAUAUGUACAGUGUUUGUACUUCCUGUCAUUUUUCUAGACUUUUUCUAAUAAAGACACUUUAAACCGUC